AUGGGCCUAGGCAGCGACAUCAUUGUUCGGCGGGGCGACGCAUUCCCCGCGGAUGCCCCAAAGGGCCCUAUCUACGUGUGUACGCGCAAUGACGCCCUGAAGGACAUCAUCGCUUCUGUGCCCGAAGACCGCCACGAGGACUUGAUAUUCGUCCAGAAUGGGGCUCUGCUGCCGUUCUUGGAUCAGAAUCUGAAGCCGGGACUUCCUAUCACGAUCCUGCUCGUGUACUUCGCUGUGGCAAAGAAGGGUGAGCCUCCUUUGGAUGGAAAGACGGAUACAGACCCGGAAGGCCUCACAGCCGUGAACAGCGGGAAGUGGGCAAAGGAAGUUAGAUGGAGAUUGACCACUAGCGACCUCGCCUGCAGAAUUUUGCGCGAUCCGGAGUUCAUGCAGGCCUACUGGGAGAAGAACCUGUGGAUUGCGGCUUACAUGCUUAUCGGUGCGCUCCACGAGGGCUGCACUGUGGGCGAUGUGGAAGGCAAGCACCGCAAGGAGGUAGACGAGCUUAUAGCUCAGCUGGCAACCGGCGUGGCUGCCACAAACCCGGAGGUUCGAUGGGACAAGCUGUUACUUUGUGACCGCCUGGCCGCAUACGCACGAAGUGUCGCGCACUUCCCAACCGCCGUGAAGGAGUUCGAGUGGCGAAAUGGUCCGUUCUACGAUAUCUCCUUACAGGCCAAGGCAGCUGGGCGACCAGAUCCUUGCCCUCAGCACACCGCGGGCCUGGAAAAGCUGGGCGUCGUUGGCAAAGACGCAUGA